AUAUAAACCCAUAUUUUACCACCAAAACAUUAUAACAUUUUCUUGGAUAUACAAAGAAAACCCGCUUAAGAACAGAAAGCCAUUUGCAUUUUCAAGAAACACAAAUUCUGCGUUCCAUUAUCUUGAAGAAAGAUGGGAGAUGGAAACAAUGAGACUACUGAGAAAGGGAUCUGCUCUAGUUAUGCUGGAUAUGCUUAUAGUCAGCAGCACGGAGCCUAUUCUCCACACGGCUAUCCUCCUCAACAAUAUCCCCACCAGGGCUACCUGCCGGCUGCACACGGAGGAUAUUCGCCUCCGUAUGCAUAUCCGCCGGCAGGUUAUUCUCCCCAUGGAGGAUAUCCGCCUGCUGCAGGUCAUUCUCCCCAUGGAGGAUAUCCGCCUGCAGGUCAUUCUCCUUCGGGAGGUCAUCCUCCAGCUGGUUAUCCUGAGCCAUUGGCUUCACAUCAUGCAGGGACUGGCGGUAUGGGGGCACUAGUGGCUGGGGGUGCCGUCGCGGCUGCCGCUGCUUAUGGGGCUCACCAGAUGUCACAUGGACAUUCUGGCGGUGGACAUUCUGGCGGUGGACAUUAUGGGGGUGGACAGUAUGGCGGUGGACAUUAUGGUGGCGGACAGUAUGGGAGGUUUAAUGGUCAUGGAAAAUUCAAGCACGGAAAGUUUAAGCAAGGGAAAUAUGGGAAGCCAUGGAAGGGAGGCAUGUACGGAAUGCACGAGGGCAAAAUGUACCAGACAUGGAUGUGUUGAAGUGUUGUUUGUUUCAAGUUCAACACAAAGUGGUUCACUAUCUCUCUUACUAUAACAUAAAUACUGUCAUUUUUCUUCUGUGCUGCUGCUUUGUUUUCCUUUUUUUCUUUUUAUCCGACAACUGCAUUUGUGUAGCCAGAUGAAUCUGCAUGGCAUGAAUGUAUUAUAAUAUCAAUAAAAUUUUCAAAGUCCUACUA